AUGCACGCCAUGGAACUUAUCACGAACCAUCUCGUUACGGAUCGCUGGUCGAAUUCUCGUACACCGCCCACGAAGUCCGAGCUUACCGCGACUGGCAUCCUUAGGGUGCAAAUCGACACUGCAAGUGUCAAAGUUCGGAACGGAGGUCCUCACGAUGACAAAAAAGACCUGAAAGAUGACACCACUACGUCCCGAGUAUGGACGGGUGUUGUUCCUGUCCAUCAAAUCAUGGGCGAACCAGUCGCUAGUUCAGACAAUGUGGUGAAACAAGUGCCUGCAAGCAUAACGACUUGGAUUGAGGACACGAACAACCUGCGCAAAGACCAUAUGAUCGAAUCGAUGAAAGAGUGA